CCAGCGUCCAAUUCUCUCCCCGCACCCUCCCUCCAAGAGAUUGAAUCGCACUGGACUGAGUGGAAGUAAUCUCACUUGACAAUAUGACUAUCAACCCUACCUACCUCGCGCAACGGACGCGUUCCUCCGUCAACCUUACCGAUGCCAAAAACCGUGUCCUCAAGUCCUACCGAGAAUGGCUCCGAGCGUCCCCGGAGAUCCAAACCAUGUACUCCCUGGGCAUGCCCGUGUCCGCCAUCCGCACAAAGAUCCGCCAGGAGUUCGAGAAGCACCGUUACGUGAGCCAACUCAGCGUCAUCGACGUCCUGCUGUUCCAGAGCCACGCCGAGUACCAGGAGACCCUCAACUACUGGAAGCAGCUGUCCCACGUCAUGAAGUACUUCCGGCCCGAGGAGGACCCCGGUGCGCGCCUGCCCCGUAACUUCGUCUCUGGCUUCCUGGAGGGCCGCAACUGAAAAGCCCGAUUUCGAUACCUCAUCAACCACACCUUUCAUCUUUUUUUUUCUUUUCCUUUAUAGCAAUUCCGUGGGAUGACAGUCGGAGGGGCUGCUUCAUCGACCCUGGCAUGAUGUGUAAAUAUAGUUUGACUAGAUCGCCAAAUCAUUUUGAUUCCAUU